AAAACAUAAUUUAAUAAUUUAAUUUAAUUUAAUUUAAUCCCAGCUCAAUAAAUGCAGUUUGAGCAAAAAGCAGAGACCAAUUCCAAAUGGCGCCAAUUCUUGCCAUUAUUUUAGGACUCAUCUCACUAUAAAACAAGAAUGGUUGUUGCCUAAGUUAUUUGUCAAAACCCAAGAUUCAGAUUGCAAAACAAAUGGAGCUUACUACUAAUGUAGUUUCUCUGUUUCUGUUCUCUUUGCUCCUAUUGGUUAAUCAAUAUCAAUAUGCUUCAGCAAAAAGAUCCACAUACAUUGUCCACAUGGACAAAUCCUCCAUGCCGAAGGCCUUUUCGAGCCACCAUCAUUGGUAUUCGUCGAUGCUUAGUUUCGGGAAACCACUCGACGAACCCGAAUCGAAGCUUAUCUACACUUACGACAAUGCCUUCCAUGGAUUCAGUGCGGUGUUGUCUGAAGAUGAGUUGGAAGCUUUGAAGAAGUCGCCGGGUUUUAUCUCUUCCUACGCCGAUGAUGUCAUCACGACACACACCACUCGAUCGACCCAAUUCCUUUCGCUCAACUCCGCCACGGGGCUGUGGCCGGCUUCCAACUCCGGCAAAGACGUGAUCAUCGGAGUCAUCGACACCGGGAUUUGGCCGGAGAGCCGGAGCUUCAGCGACGAGGGAAUGACCGAAGUACCCUCGAGAUGGAAGGGCAUCUGCCAGGCGGGCCAGGAAUUCAACUCGUCGUUGUGCAACAAGAAAAUCAUCGGGGCACGAUACUUCAACCGAGGGAUGCACCAAGCGGGAUUUAUGUCUAUUGAAAUCCCCACCAACUCCGCCAGGGACGACGAGGGCCACGGGACCCACGUCGCCUCCAUCGCCGCCGGUAAUUAUGUCCACGGCGCCUCCUUCUUCGGCUACGCCAACGGUAUCGCCAGAGGGGUGGCCCCACGCGCCAGGCUGGCGGUGUACAAGGUCAUGUGGUACGGGGGCGUUUCGUCCGACAUACUUGCGGGCAUUGACCAGGCAGUGGCUGAUGGAGUUGAUAUAAUCUCGAUUUCUUUAGGCAGCCGCCAGUUCGAACUAUACGAGAACCCUCUUUCCAUAGCCAGCUUCGCCGCUAGGGAAAAGGGAAUCGUAGUUUGUCUCUCUGCAGGAAAUGAGGGCCCGGAUGUUCGUACCGUACGAACCGGAAUCCCUUGGGCAGUGGUGGUGGCAUCUGGCACCGUCGACAGAUGGCUCGGCGGCAAGUUGACUCUCGGCAACGGCAAAUCCAUCACGGGGUGGACCACAUUUCCCGCACGAGCCACAAUCAGAAACUUGCAGGUCUUCUAUAGCAAAAGCUUAUCCGCAUGCAACUCUGCUCAGCUGGCGCAGGCACCUUACGAUAGCAUCAUAGUAUGCAAUGUCACCAACGGAAACACAGAUUUCGAUAGUGUGAUGAAAAAUCUACAAAAUUCUAGCGUCCGAGCUGUUAUUGUAAUCGCCGAAGAUCCAAGUAUAUUCCGAUACAACUCUUUCCCUUUUCCAGGAGUUGUGAUCACACCAAACGAAGCACGAGAGGUAAUCGCCUACGCAGCUGGCGGCUCCCUAUCAACAGCAAGCAUCGAUUUUCAACUGACGAUUUUAGGGGAUGGGACGAGAGCUGCUCCAGCGCUAUCGCAAGAUUCUUCGAGAGGGCCCGGAAUGAGUUACGAGGGCAUCUUGAAGCCCGACUUAAUGGCGCCAGGUGUCUCGAUUUUAGCAGCUUACAGCCCUUACGCAACUGACACACCGACAAUCGGUAACAACAUAUACUUGUGGAGCGAUUACACUCUCUUAUCGGGUACAUCCAUGGCUUGCCCGCACAUUUCCGGAGUUGCCGCCCUCCUCAAAUCCGCGCACCCCGAUUGGUCCCCGGCGGCUAUUCAAUCCGCGAUGAUGACAACUGCUAAUCAUCUUGAUAACACGAAUCAGCCAAUCAGGGAAGUUAAUGGUACAGUUGCCACACCUUUAGGCAUCGGAUCGGGGCAGGUUGACCCGAACCGAGCGCUCAACCCGGGCCUAAUCUACGAUGCUAACAUACAGGACCUCGUGAAUCUUGUUUGCUCCAUGAACUUCACACGCAAGCAAACUCAAACGAUUGUGAAGUCGACAAACUACAACUGCUCGAAUCCUUCGUCCGAUCUGAACUAUCCGUCUUUCGUGGCUCUUACUCACUCGGCGGAUAUCGGAAGGUUUGUGACACGGAGGUUUAAGAGGACGGUGACGAAUGUAGGAGAUGGGGCAGCUAAGUACAGAGUAAAGGUCGAAGUACCGGCGAAUACUACAGUUAGAGUUCGGCCGCAUACGUUGGUUUUCCAAAAGAAGAACGAGAAACUGAGCUACAUUGUCAAGAUUCGAUAUAAUGCCGAUAUCGAUACACUACAUAGGGCUGGCUCGCUUACUUGGAUCGAGCAGAGUGGCAAGUACACCGUCAGAAGUCCUAUUAUGGUUUCGGCAGCAGCUGAUAAUUUCUCCUAGUUCCGGUUUUUUUUUUUUUUUUUUUUUUUUUUUUUUAUUUUAGUGUAGUUUUUUUUUUCCAUUGCAUCUUAUUAAUUAGAACUCCAUGCACCAAAGAUUCAGAUUGCAAAAAAAUGAAGCUUACCAGUAAUGUAGCUUCUCUGAUUCUGUUCACAUUGCUUCUAUUGGCUCAUAAAUAUCAACAUGCUUCAGCAAAAAGAUCCACAUUUUUGUCCACGUGGACAAAUCCUCCAUGCCCAAAACAUUCUCCAGCCACCAUCAUUGGUCGACUUGUUUUCUUCUAAAUCACGAUUCGAAAAACUGUUGCUCAAAGGUGUAUGUUGAAAUGCCUGAGUGAAAAGUUUUUUUACUGAGGAUCCAAAUAAAUCUACAGUUGGGGAGCAACUUGAUGUUUGA